CGCCUCCCUCUCCCUCCCCAGGCAAUUUGAUCUUUCUUUUCCUCCUCCUCUCUUCGGCGAGCGUCCCCCGACACUCUACUCUGUUCACCGUGCGCAGCUUCCUUGCGCGAUCUGUACGGCCAUCGACGACGGCAGCGGCGACCGGCGAUUAGGCCUGGGCGCGGCCGAGGCGGCGUAGGUGGAGAGCGAGCCCUAGCUGCAGGUACCACAUGCGCCCGUAUUGGCGACUGGGUCUCCGUAGCGUUCCAGACUCCGGGCGACAGAAUGGAUGCCAAGUAUUCGGGAGAGAUGUUGAAGCAUUUGGAGAAGCAAAAUGAGUUGCUGAUGGAUGCCUACAGAUCAAUGUCACAUGAACUACACAAGCUGCAGGUUGAGGAAGAAAUGCUCAUGCGCAAGUUUUAUGAACUCAUGUCAGCGCAGGGCUUCACUAAAAAGGAUGGAGUUGGAAAAGAUGCUUCAGGUGAUAACAGAACUGGAGACUCAAUGGCACUAGUCAUUAAAGAUGGAGAUGAACAGCAGUCAGGAUGACUUGUCCAAGUUUUGAUGUCGGACACCGAGAAUGAAAUACUUCAUUAAGUAGAGAUUAUGUGACCAGUUAUCUUGUUCGCUCUAAGAUUUCAACCAAAUUUUGCCCUUGUCAUUCUUUAUGGAAGGUUAGAACGUGACGCAUCAAGAAGGUGAACGUAAACUCUGCAGCGGGUGUUAUGUAAAAAAUAUUGUCGUAUAGGGGAAUCGUUGACUGGGCCUCGCGUCUUGUUCAGGCACACUUUUCUCCGCCUCGUUGCAUAAAUGUUCUCUCACUUGAAAAAGCUUGAAUCCAAGACCAAGAUCCUCCUUUUACUUUUACUCUUGUGACAGACCAAACUAGCUAGGCAUUAUCUCAGCAUCUUCGAGAUCAAGUUGAAUUGUUGCUUACUUUGUCUUAUAUAUUGGUUACUCAGCACAAAGUAAAGGCAAAACUAAUAUAUAUGUUCUCUGAGGUUUGUUCUAAAGAAGAGAGCAUUUGGUA